GCCCCCAUUUCUGUUGUAGCAAGAAGACAUGGGGCGCUAUAGAAGACUAACCCUGAAAAGAUGCAAGAAAAAAGGGAGUUUGGAUAGAAAAAUUUCUUAUAAAUGUGGAAGACGUAAACAGAUUCGUAUGUUUACACCACGUACCUUCAUCAGUCAAAUUAAUCAUCAGCAGCGGACCUUCGGCCACGAAGACAUUCAGCAGAGACGAAGCAUUUUUGAAGAAUGGAGCGACUCAGUGUGUCAGAUUUUUAUGGGAGGCGACCCUAUAGGCUCAGGAUUCUUGUUCGCUCAUAACUAUAUUCUAACAAAUGCCCAUGUUGUCAUGGAUUACCGCAGUAAUUCAGAUACAUUUCUUAUUAAGUUUGCCUGUGGGAUUUCAAGAAAUGUUUACACUGAAGGGCGAGUUGUUACUUUCUAUUUCGGUUAUGACCCGUUUGGGGAUUGGUUGGAUUACGCUUUACUGGAGCUGUGUCGAGAUGCCAUAUUACCUGCUCCGCUCCUUAAGUUUUACGCUCCCCCUCCAAAGCAAGGCCAAACUUGCAUUAUUGGUUAUCCCAGUGAAAGGGGCAAGCGUGCAGAGUACAGUCAUAUAAAUGAAUUAGAACUGUACGAUGCUGACAACGUAAAUAUCCCAAAAAUACUAAUUUACCCAACCAGUAUGCUUCACGGAUCCUCUGGGUCACCUGGUUUUGUAGAUCGAAACCUGGUAUUCAUGCAUACUGGGGGCUUCCCUUACGGAGAUAAACUGAGUGAAAUUCGGUUUGGGUGUGGCAUUCCUCUCAGCUUAGUAACAUGCAAUAUUUUGCUGUGGAUCACACAGAAUGAGGAUGAUUCACAGCUUUUUUUGCGUUUUAUUUCUGAAGCUUUUCGGCAUUCGCCGAUUCCCCUCGUUGCCGAUUACCUUCGGUAUCUGGUGGAUGCAUUCCCAACCAUGCCCGGCCUCCCUUGUAAAACUGAGAGACUCUGUCGCGUUCUCCGUCAGAAUAUUUCAGCAGAGAACUUGCAGGCACUUAUGAAUCAACUAGCAGGCGAUACGUACGACGAAAAGCUUCGCUGGAUUCUCUCCGAAUUACAGGAUACUUGCGACAAACACCACGAUUCUGAAGAUCCGGAGUGUGGUACACCGAUGGAGAUUGAUUAAUAUUACUAAAAUUGCAACACUGUAAAAAUGCAAUUCAGAAAUAAAACCCUUGGAGUUAAUCACCCAGUAAUAUGCCUCCUCUUUGAACCCCCCUGCUGCAGAAUAUUUGAUUAUACGACUUCCCACAACC